UGCCACCAUCCAAACAAACCCUUAAUUUUCUUUUUUCCCCAAAGCAACUUCAUCCAACCAACCACAGUCCCUUCUUCUCACAUUUUGUUAUGUCCAUGGCGACAAGUCUUCAAUGGAAGCCCUUAUUACCUUCUUCAUCUACAUCUUCUACGUCCUCCACAUCAUCCAUUUAUCAUCAUCAUCAUCAUCACCAGUGUUGUUUUGGUAACAAUAAUAAUAAUAAUAAUAAUAGUCUUAAUUUUCAAGUAAAAGCAAAUAGGAAAUUAAGAGGAGUGAAAAUAAAAGCAUUUCAACGAAGUGAUUUUGAUGGAUUUGCGAAGAAAGUAACAUCAAAAGAAGCAUGGAAAGAUGCAUGGAGAAGUGCUAAUGAUGGAUUUGAACAGCUUGGAUAUGAUGCUAAGAAAGCUGCUGAACGUCUUGACCGUCAAUAUUCCAUUUCUCGUCGUUUUGAUUCUAUUAAAGAAUCUGCUCUUAUUAAGGUUAAAGAAAUUGAUCGUGAAUAUGAAAUUGGGCGUCGUUGGAACUCAUUCUCCGUCGAUUUCUCCAGGAAUUCACCUAGGUACAGGAAGCAGCUAAGUGACUUCUUGAAUUCUCCGCUGGGUAGGAGUUUUGCUACAAUUUUUUUCCUUUGGUUUGCAUUGUCUGGAUGGCUGUUUCGCGUCUUGAUUUUUGCAACGUUCGUGUUACCUGUUGCUGCUCCUCUUCUCAUUGGAACGGUUGCCAAGAACUUUGUGAUUGAGGGGGCCUGCCCGCAAUGCAAGCGGAAGUUCGCGGGCAUCAAGAACCAAGUUGUUCGUUGUCAAAGCUGUGGGAACACUGUGUGGCAGCCAAAGGAAUCUACUACGAGUGACUUCUUUUCCAGAGGUGGUGGAGGCAGCAAGUCUCGUUCAAAGUCUGAUCCAGACAUAAUCGAUGUAGAGUUUGAGGAGAAAUGAGUCUAAUGAAAACAAUAGAAACAUCCAACAUGCUCUUUUCUGUGCUGGUCUUUUGAUUUUAGGUUCACUAUAGCAUCUUUUGUAUGGUUUACAUACUUUGUAAAUGGAGAGUAUUAAAAUUAGAAUUGCUAAAGUUGUUGAAUCUUUGAAUCUGUACAAAUGUAAAACCAUUUACAUUUAGCUGCAGAAUGCAUCAACAAAGUUAAUUCACUGACA